AGCAGGGGCCAGGCAAUCUGGAGCAGUCUCCCCAGAUCCCGCGUUCCGAAUGCCUAGCGGCCAGAGAGAGCACAGCGGACCGCAGGGCUCGGCGGUGAGUGCGGGACUCCGGCUUAUGCGCAGACGCCGGGCUGGGUUCCUGCCGCUCGAGGGACCCAAUGCCUGGAGCCUCGCGGGCGCCUCUAGUCUGAGAAGCCCCUUUCUCCGCACGCGCCGACCCCUGAUCCCCGGCCUGGUGCAGAGGAGCUGCAGACUCGGGGGUCACGGCUGGGGGUUCUGGAGCCAGAAAGGGAAAGCUUCCGUCCUCGGCGGGGGCAGAAUUGGAGCCUCCGGCUGCCGUAGCUUCGGACCUGAGUUGCCCGAGCCGCUGCGGCUCCCGCAGGAGGGGGCGGGGCUGACGCGAGCAUCUCUGUGCUCAGUUUUCCGGACUUGCUGCAACGCGGGCAGGUGCAGCAGCUGAAGACCUCUUCCUAACCCGGUGCGGGGCACUUUGCGACGCCCGCCUCCUCCGCCCCAUUGUCCCGUCUCACUGCCGCCCCGGGGCCCAGCUGCCACUUGCCUGGCGAUGCUCUCACACUUUGGGCUCUUCUGGCAUUAUUGAGCUGACGCUUUGGGACAUCAGAUUCAGGUCCUAUGGGGAGAGAAGCGUGUGACUUCGCAAGGUGUGAUGUGGAAACCCGCGCCUGUCACCCGUCUCCGCUUGAUUAAAGGCCACUAGGGUGGUGGAGGAUUGCUGCCAGUUUCCUAAAGAUGAAGAACUACACUGCUCAGUGGCCCUUCCCCUUCCUCCGUGUGGUUAUCAUUUGGAACAUCAGGGUGUGCUUGAAGCUGGCGGGACUCCCAGACUCUGAUCAUUAAUUGUCUGAUUCCAUGCUGUGGAGGUAGCAGCACGCUCCAAGGUGUUUGGGUUCUGCUUUCCUUUGCCGCAGGAAGAAUGGUAUAAAAGUGAGGAAACAUCAACCCGUGCUUUGAAUGUGGCAAGAAAAGAAUAAGCGCUGUGAUGAUUGCUUGAAUUCAGGAGUUUACACUGAAAGGAAAGUUAGAUGUAAGCUCUAAUCUCUUCUUGGGAACUGGAAAUUUUUUUAAAAAAGGUUUGAAGACAUUCUUCUUUGCCUUCUUCAAAGUUAAAACCUAAAAUUUGCAGGACAAAUAUCACUGUAUUUGUAUGGAACUCUGGGGUUGGGUUUGAGCAAAUUGAAUGCGCAACAGAUCUUACUGUGCUGUGGCUCUUUGCUUUCCCCUCAUGACUUUGGGCCUUUGAGAGGGUUCAGGAAGAGGAAGUGUGGCACCUUUCCUCUUACCACACACUUGGCUGUUGGAGUUGGUGAUCUGUAUUCUCAUCUUCCCUGUUUGAAGGACUCCUCUGAAGAAAAGUGUGCUUCUUAAGCCAACCCUAGCCUCUCCUCCAUACAAAGAGCUCUUAAUGAUACUAGCGGAAAACAAAUUCAACUAAAAGCUUGUCUGAGAUCAGAAGAACGAAGACAUGGAGUUUUGAGGAAUGAAGGUAUCAUGGCGUCGGCCAUGGGUGAUCAAGACACAGACAGACAAUGUGGUUCAAUUUCUUCAAACUACGGCUCUUCUGCUGUCUGCUUGCAGUGCUGAUGGUGGUGGUGCUGGUCGUCAAUGUUACUCAGGUAGAGUACUUGGACCAUGAGACUGUUUCAGCCACAUUCAUCGACAGUAGUGGACAGUUUGUUUCCUCCCAGGUGACAGGAGUUAACCGGAAUCCUUACUGUGGCUAUGAGCAUCAGACUCUGUCUAGCCGGGAGCGCAUGGAGGAGGACUCCUUGCUGGCUGCCCUACAAUGGCAGGUGCCUGAUGUGGGUCCGGUCCCCUUUCUGAAGAGCACUGACCCUUCUUCCAGCUACUUUGUUAUCUUGAACUCUGCAGCCUUCUUCAAGGUGGGAAGCCAGCUAGAAGUGCUGGUUCACGUACAGGAUUUUCAAAGAAAGCCCAAGAAAUAUGGUGGAGAUUACCUGCAGGCCAGAAUCCACUCGCCUAAGUUGCAGGCAGGGGCUGUGGGCAGAGUGGUAGACUACCAGAAUGGGUUUUACAAAGUCUUUUUCACUUUGCUGUGGCCGGGCAAGGUUAAAGUGUCCAUAUCUCUCGUCCACCCCACUGAAGGGAUCAGAGUUCUUCAGCACCUACAGGAAGAGAAACCACACAGGGUCUAUUUCAAGAGUCUCUUCCGUUCAGGAAGAAUUUCUGAAACCACGGAGUGCAAUGUGUGUCUUCCUGGGAAUCUGCCCCUGUGUAACUUUACAGAUCUCUACACUGGAGAACCCUGGUUCUGCUUCAAACCAAAGAAGCUCCCAUGCAGUAGUAGAAUUAACCAUUUCAAAGGUGGAUACCUGAAGGGCCUUCUAACUGCUACAGAGAAUGCUUUCUUCCAGAGUGGUGUCAAUAUCAAAAUGCCAAUCAACUCCAGUGGACCUGACUGGGUGACUGUGAUUCCCAGGAGAAUAAAAGAAACUAACAAUCUAGAAAUAUCACAAGGCUCAGGAACUUUUCCUUCUGGAUAUUAUUACAAAGACCAGUGGAGGCCCAGAAAGUUUAAGAUGCGCCAGUUUAAUGACCCUGACAACAUCACAGAAUGCUUACAAAGAAAAGUGGUGUACUUAUUUGGAGAUUCAACAAUCAGGCAAUGGUUUGAAUACCUUACUACGUUUGUUCCAGAUUUAGUGGAGUUUAACUUGGGUAGUCCCAAGAAUGUGGGUCCUUUCCUCGCGGUGGACCAGAAGCACAACAUCCUGCUCAAAUAUCGCUGCCAUGGUCCACCCAUCCGUUUUACAACUGUCUUUAGCAAUGAGCUCCAUUAUGUGGCCAAUGAGCUGAAUGGCAUCGUGGGAGGGAAGAACACCGUGGUUGCCAUAGCUAUAUGGUCUCAUUUCAGCACCUUCCCCUUGGAAGUGUACAUCCGGCGGCUCAGGAAUAUCCGUCGAGCUGUGGUCCAGCUCCUGGAUCGAAGCCCUAAGACCGUUGUAGUCAUUCGAACAGCCAAUGCCCAAGAGCUGGGGCCUGAGGUGAGCCUUUUCAACAGUGACUGGUACAAUUUUCAGCUGGACACCAUCCUCCGGAAGAUGUUCUCAGGGGUUGGAGUGUAUCUCGUUGAUGCCUGGGAGAUGACCUUGGCUCAUUAUUUACCCCACAAGCUACAUCCAGAUGAAGUUAUUGUGAAGAACCAACUGGACAUGUUUUUGUCCUUUGUGUGCCCCGUGGAGACCUAGCCCGCCCUGGAGGGGACUGGAGGAAUCACAUUACCUGUGUUACAGGAAGUUUAUGGCUGGCCCCAUGGAGAGAUAGCUGCUAGUGACAUGUACAAAAUUUCAAAAGGAACUGGACUUUAUAUGAGACUUCUAAGGAGCUUAGAAAAUGCAGGUUGCAUUUAUAUCUACCUACAGGAUUUUUUUCCAAUCUUUACAUAGCCAUUGGAGAAUCAUUAUUAACAACAUCUACGCACUGUAUUUUUCUUGUAACCAAAGAUGCUAAUGAGUAUAUUUGAAUUAGCCUCUCUUGAGAGGGGAGAGUGCUGUGCUAAAAACUGUGAGACCUAUUCUGACCUAAAUGGUUGGUAGUGAAGUGUUUGUAGCUUAUCUGGUAAAGGAGAAUGAGCUUAUCUGUAUGAACAGCACAGUUGAUCCAUCUUUGGUGGGAUGAACUAAUGAGGCUUCUGGUCAGUGCCUCCUGUAACACACUGAAGACUGCUGUGUCUUGGGAGUUUCUCUUGAUGAUCCACCUUUUCUGAGUUGCCUUUCAGGCUGGAAUCCUUGCUCAGAUUUUUCUAGUGAGAAUAUUUACAAUAGUCUGCAUUUAUCUAGGAAAGAAGCAGAAGGAAAGUAUGAAAACAGUACACAAAAUCUGUGUGUCGAAUUGAUACUUGCACUGGGGGAUUGUUACUUAUUUCAGCUGAAUUUUACAUGAUGAAUACUUUAAAAUAAUCACUUUUGGAACUGGAAGGGGGAAUCUAUAAAUGGAAAUUUAUUUUUGUGUUUUGAAGUUUGAGGGUUUUAAGAACUGCAUUUUAUGUAAAGAUUGUUUAUUAUAAAGUUGUAGAAGUUACUUGCAUCAAUUUAAAGUGUUUCUUUUUUGGUUGUUAUUUUGAAUUGCAUACCAACAUUAGAAAUUAAAAUCUAAUUAGAAUCUAAAGUUCAAUAUUGAGAUCUAGAACAGAUUUUAUUGAUUUGAAUGUAAGGUACACACAUUCUCUCAUGCUUGAAGUAAAAAGCUGCUAUUCCUACUGCUAUCUUAAAA